CAUCUUGGAUGCUGGACGCUGAGGCCAGAGUGCUCGCGCAUGCUGGCAACAGCACCAUGGGCUUCUGCCGCAGUGACGUUGAUGGUGGCAGGACCUCAGUGUCUUCCUGUGCGCAGCUGGCACACAUCAUGCCCCCUUGGCGAUGACUCCGUAGUAGAGAAAUCCCUCAAGUCUCUGAAGGACAAGAACAAGAAGCUAGAGGAAGGCGGCCCAGUGUACAGUCCUCCAGCAGAAGUGGCAGUGAGAAAGUCCCUGGGGCAGCGGGUGCUAGACGAGCUAAGGCACUACUACCACGGCUUCCGCCUGCUCUGGAUCGACACCAAGAUCGCUGCGCGCAUGCUCUGGCGCAUCCUCAAUGGCCACACGCUGACACGCCGGGAGCGCAGGCAGUUUCUCCGGAUCUGUGCCGACCUCUUCCGUCUGGUGCCAUUCCUCGUGUUUGUGGUGGUGCCGUUCAUGGAGUUCCUGCUGCCCGUGGCUGUAAAGCUCUUCCCCAACAUGCUGCCAUCCACAUUUGAGACCCAGUCCAUUAAGGAGGAGAGGUUGAAGAAGGAGCUUCGGGUCAAGCUGGAGCUGGCCAAGUUCCUCCAGGACACCAUUGAGGAGAUGGCCUUGAAGAAUAAGGCGGCCAAGGGCAGCGCCACCAAAGACUUCUCUGCGUUCUUCCAGAAGAUCCGGGAGACAGGGGAGAGACCCAGCAACGAGGAGAUUAUGCGUUUUUCCAAGUUAUUUGAGGAUGAGUUGACGUUGGACAACCUGACGCGGCCACAGCUGGUGGCACUGUGCAAACUGCUGGAGCUGCAGUCCAUAGGCACCAACAACUUCCUGCGCUUCCAACUCACCAUGCGACUGCGCUCCAUCAAGGCCGAUGACAAGCUGAUUGCUGAGGAAGGGGUGGAUAGCCUGAAUGUCAAGGAACUGCAGUCAGCAUGUCGAGCACGAGGCAUGCGGGCCCUGGGCGUCACGGAAGAUCGGCUGAGGGACCAGCUGAAGCAGUGGCUGGACCUGCACCUGCACCAGGAGAUCCCCACAUCGCUGCUCAUCCUGUCCCGAGCUAUGUACCUCCCGGACACCCUCUCACCUGCUGACCAGCUCAAAUCCACGCUGCAGACCCUCCCAGAGAUCGUGGCAAAGGAAGCCCAGGUCAAGGCUGCCGAGGUGGAGGGCGAGCAGGUGGACAACAAGGCCAAGCUGGAGGCCACACUGCAGGAGGAGGCAGCCAUCCAGCAGGAGCAUCGUGAGAAGGAGCUGCAGAAGCUCUCGGAGGUGACGGACGUCGAGCUGGAGGGAGUGGAAGCUGCCCCUGGGAGGCUGGUGCCCGAGCCACCGCCAGAAGUGCCUGAUGUGACCCUGCGGUCAGAGACCCUGCAGGACACCGCCCCUGUGCUGGAGGGCUUGAAGGGAGAGGAGAUAACAAAGGAGGAGAUCGACAUCCUCAGCGAUGCCUGCUCCAAGCUGCAGGAGCAGAAGAAGUCGCUCACCAAGGCGAAGGAGGAGCUGGAGCUGCUGAAGGAGGAUGUCCAGGACUACAGCGAGGACUUGCAAGAGAUCAAGAAGGAACUUUCCAAAACUGGUGAAGAGAAAUACGUGGAAGAAUCCAAAGCCAGCAAGAGACUGACGAAGAGGGUACAGCAGAUGAUUGGGCAGAUUGACGGCCUCAUCUCACAGCUGGAGAUGGGCCAGCAAGCUGGCAGGUUGGGCCCAGCUGAGGGCACGCCCAUGGGGGAGAACGUCAUCAGUGUCACUGAGCUCAUCAGCGCCAUGAAGCAAAUCAAGCACAUUCCAGAAAACAAGCUAAUCAGCUUGGCCUCAGCCCUGGAUGAAAACAACGACGGCAGGAUCAACAUCGAUGACCUUGUCAAGGUGAUCGAGCUGGUGGACAAGGAAGAUGUCCACGUCUCCACCAGCCAGGUGGCCGAGAUCGUGGCGACGCUGGAGAAGGAGGAGAAGGUGGAAGAGAAGGAGAAGGCCAAGGAGAAGGCAGAGAAGGAGGCGGCUGAGGUGAAGAGCUAGGACUGCCACCUGCUGCUGUGCCACCACCAUGAGGACUGAGAGGGGUUGCUUUGAGGUGAUUCUUAGUGGCAAAUCUCGUGUUUUGGCUGGAAUAAAUCAGAAACUUCCAUAAUCAAGUAAAUUUUGAUUUUCGUCAUUCCACGAAGAUUCGAUAGUUCUGGAAGCCCGGAGCCCUCCAGGGAAUCGUGUCUGGACCCACACUAUGGUGUGGCGUGGCUGCUGUGCCAGGCUGCAGCUCUCUGGCCCCUGGCCCAGAGGUAGCUGGGCUAGGCUGGGGCAAGAAGGCACCUCCCCACCUGUGCCCUCACAGCUUGGCAUCUGCCACUCACGCAGAGCUGGGCCCUGUGCCUGCACAUCAGGACAGGAUAGGGCAGCCCAGCUUCCGCGGCGCUGAAGAAGAUGCCUCGGCCCAUCUGUGGACUUCGAUUUCUAAAUGUCAGUGUAAAUAGACCAGUCUCUUCGUGCACACUUUCAAAGUCAGAUCUGUAUGACUGUGGAGACCAAAGUGACCGCCAGCCUCUCAGUGGCCUCUGGAGAAUGACAUCUCUCCCAGCAGGAAUGCCGGUUCUCGUGUGAUUUCCCAUUUGUGUUUAUUGGAGCUUUCUUGAUUUCCCUUUUAUCUUCACCUAACUCUUUCAUCAGUUGAUAGUACAGAAUUUUCACGUGUGACCGUGAAACUGCCUAACUUGAGUCGCUCUGACCCACGUUGGGCUGUGAGCGCGGCCAGCGAAGCCCUGGGCGGCAAGCAGCUUGCACUGCAUGACUGGUGCUGCUGUGCUUCAGGUGCUGUGCAUUGUGCCAGGGCUGGAGGAACAGCCUGGCCUAGGGACUCUGCAGCCCACGCAGCAUGGCAGGACCCUCUUGGAGUGCAUGGGGGCAUCUUUGUGACUUGUAUGUCAAAUGUAAGCGUGCCCACAACUGCACUCUUGCUGAGUUCCUCGGUGUGUUUCUUGGCUUGGGUCCCCCGGCUCCAACACAUGAGCUGGACACAGGGAGUGAGGACAUGUGGCACAGAUAUCCACAGGGGCCUUGGAAUUGCCCUCUCUGGGCUGGGCAUCCCUGGCUCUUAUAGAGCAGCUGGCGGCCCCGGCAGGACAGUAGGGGUGGGCCAGAGCAUCCUGCAGCCUCACCUCCAUCUUCCUGCCUGGCUGUCACACUUGCCCUUCUGUGGCUUAGUUCCUGGUAAGAAUGUCCUUUCCAGGCUUCACAUGUAGGAACUGGAAGACAUUGCCACAGCACAUGGAGGGCCAACUAGCCAGGAAGGGCAGCAGCUCAGAUGACACCUUCUCAGUUACUUGAAACUUCUUUCACAUAGCUGUUAGAGAAGUAGCUUGACAGAUAGGAAUCAGGUAUAACCUUUGUGGAGUGACAGUUGGCUUCUAACAGUUUUUGAUGAGUAUUUGAGAAAGAAGUAUCUUAGAUGUCUGAUGAAUAUUUAUGAACCCCCUGCCCUGUGUCAGUCACUUGCAGUUGACAAAGUGUACUUACUUGUGAGAGGAUGCUUUGCGGUUGCCAAAUGUGUCCACAGGAUAGAGUCUUGUAUGAGCGGCAUCUUGGGCCCAGGUGGCUGUGCAGUCCUUGUCCUCGUCCUCCCUGCCCUCCCUGGGUACUGUAACAUCCCCGCCCUGGGCAGCAGUCCCUCGUCCCCUUUGCCCUGGCCCUGGAAAGCCAUGGCCUCCUGGAUGCUGCAGAGCUUUGUGCAUGGGGGGGUCUGUGGGUGCCAUUGUCAGGUCCAGCAGCGUUGGCCGAGGUCUGGUACGGACUCCUCCCUGGUUCUGUUUGUGUUUCUGAGCGUCCUGCACUCUGUCUGCUGCACCUGAGGGUGGUGUCCAGGGGCAGCUUCAUGUUGUGUCCCACCGUGCCUGAGCCCUCACCUCAGGCUUGCUCCGGAGCUGGGACAGCUACGCCUGUCAACAGUGAACCCAGAACUGACGUGGGACCCGGUGUCCUCUCCUCACUCCACUUGGGUGCCGCAAGAUUCAGGAAACUGGCAUGUGGCUUCCAAAUUCAUCUUGGAAUAUCAUGGAGUCGGCUUUUUAAAGGUGAAGGACACUGUGGAGUUUUUGAAAACACCCUUCCAAGGUGGCUGUCGCAGCAGGUUCUGGCGCUGAUGGAGAGUGAGCGCUAGCUCCAUGUGUCCUUAGGGCCUGGGCAGCUCUGCUGAGAGCCCUGUCCCAAGGCCAUGUCAAACACCUUUUGUAGAAAUAGUAUUUUUAUGAAAACAUCAAACUUACGUUCCUGUGACAGUACAGAGUAGCAUUUCUGAUGCGUACGACACGCACAGCUCCCACAGGCAUGUAUCUGGGAGGAACGUCAUGUCCUCAGGUUCCUGAGUGCUGUGUCACCUUCCAUGAACUUGGACCUUGGCUCCAGGCCUCCUACCUUGGGGCAGGUCUGCAGGGUCGGGAGACCCGUGUCUCCUGUCCUGUGACAGCGGACACUGCACCUGGAAGCGGGAUUCCCUCCCUUGUCUGGUGUCACACUGUGCCAUGUGGCCAUGUGCUUUCUAGACACACCGUUUGAUGGAAGGAGAUGAUUUAAUAAAGCACCGUCUUAACAA